CUCCUCCUCCCCCCACCCGGCCUGGCGCGCUCCUCCCCGGCCGGCCCCUCGCGGCGGGGCGCGCUGGAGGCGAACGCAGGCUGAGCCGAGCGCAGUGGCCGCCGACCACCGAGCGCCCCGCGCCGCUCCCUGCAUGUGCAGCCCGCGGCGGCUCGCAGCCCCCGGCAGCAGCCUCGGCAGCUUCGGCCGCGCCUCGAGAGGCGGCUGCAGCAGCGCCAGCAGCGGCCGAGCGGUCGAGCCUGGGCUGGGAGACAGGAUGCGCCGCGUCCUUCGGCUGCUCCUUGGCUGCUUUCUCACCGAGCUGUGCGCCCGCGUGUGCCGGGCGCAGGAGCGAACCGGGCACGGGCAACUGGCGCAACUGGGCGGCGUGUUGGUGCUUACGGGGGUUAAUCGCUCCGGGGCCGCCUCUGGAGAGGUCGGUGAGGGCGCCGGGGUCUCGGACGCGCCCCCGACUCGGGCGCCCACGCCGGACUUCUGUCGGGGCUACUUCGAUGUUAUGGGCCAGUGGGACCCGCCGUUCAACUGCAGCUCGGGCGACUUCAUCUUCUGCUGCGGGACUUGUGGCUUCCGGUUCUGCUGCACAUUUAAGAAGAGGCGACUGAACCAAAGCACCUGCACCAACUACGACACGCCGCUCUGGCUCAACACCGGCAAGCCCCCCGCGCGCAAGGACGACCCCCUGCACGACCCCACCAAGGACAAGACCAACCUGAUUGUCUACAUCAUCUGCGGGGUGGUGGCUGUCAUGGUGCUCGUGGGUAUCUUCACCAAGCUGGGGUUGGAGAAAGCACACCGGCCCCAAAGGGAGCACAUGUCCAGGGCACUUGCAGAUGUCAUGCGGCCACAGGGCCACUGCAACACUGAUCACAUGGAGAGAGACCUUAACAUUGUUGUUCAUGUCCAGCACUAUGAGAACAUGGACACGAGAGCCCCCAUAAACAAUCUACACACCACCCAGAUGAACAACGCAGUACCCACCUCUCCUUUGCUCCAGCAGAUGGGCCAUCCACAUUCGUAUCCCAAUCUGGGCCAGAUCUCCAAUCCUUAUGAACAGCAGCCACCAGGCAAAGAGCUCAACAAGUACGCCUCCUUGAAGGCAGUUGCUGACAAGGUCAAUGAUGACUUCUACUCCAAGCGAAGGCACCUGGCCGAACUGGCUGCCAAGGGGAACCUGCCUCUUCAUCCAGUAAGAGUGGAGGAUGAGCCCCGGGCUUUCAGCCCUGAGCAUGGGCCUGCCAAGCAGAAUGGACAGAAGUCCCGCACCAACAAGAUGCCCCAGCAUCCCCUGGCCUACAACUCUACCACCAACUUUAAGGGCUGGGACCCCAAUGAGCAGUCCCUCCGGCGGCAGGCUUAUGGCAACAAGGGCAAGCUGGGUGCAGCAGAGUCGGGCUCCAGUGACCCCCUGGGAACUCGCUCCCAACACUACCCGUCCACACAGCCAUACUUCAUCACCAACAGCAAAACAGAAGUGACUGUUUGAGCUGUCACCACAGGGAGCACCCUGGAGACCACACUCAACUUAGAGAGGCAAAAAACAUCCUGGCCCAUACUUUCCCCGCUCCCACACCACACAUCUAUGCUCACUUUCAAUGGGAACCAAUUAAGGAUCUACUGGUGAUACAGAAUCUUUUUCUGGGUCAUGCCUAAUAUGCAUCAGGUGGAGGAAGAACUGAAGCAUGGACAUUCAGCAAUACAGCAAAGGGGAAACUGAAGCAGUCUUUCAGCUUCAGGCUCAAGGUGGCCAACUCACAGGCCCAAACCAUGGGGCUAAUUUUUCUUUUUCUCCUAACUUGAAACUGAAAUCCAUGAUUUAAAAAAAGAAGAAGAAAAAACUACAAGUAGCACAAUUUAGAAAAAUUGUCCAUUGGAGCACAUAUACCAUUUACUAAAUGCUGUCUAUUUCUUGGUGGGGCGGGGAUAGAGAAAGAACAAGGGUGGAGUUCAAAGAGGAGUUACCUGGGGAAAAUAUGCUCACAUUCUAAGCAUUUUCUAAUCCCAAGAAGUGCUGUGGACACAAGAUGGUGACAACAGAGGGACAAUAACUGGACCCCAACCAUUGUAUCAAUAGUACUUUUCAUAUUAAUGUUGGAAGCAAAAAAAAAAAAAA